ACGACAACGCUAUGAAAAAGAUACUGCUUUUUAGACCUACUGGAAAAAGUACCUACUGGAAUAUUUUGAUUCCUCAAUAGUUUGAAGUUGAUUUUUACUUUGCUUAUUUUCAUAGUGCAGCAGUUGGAAGACGUGCAACAUCCUUGGACGCUGUUGCCACAAUACCCAAAUUCACCACUCUUGAAAAAAAGAUGUACAGGGCCAGGCAUGCCCCCCUAAUACCUGUCCUGCCACAUUCUGUAGAUGAAAUUCAUCUAACAGAAGAGUGGCGGAACAAGACAGGUGGCCAAAAAGGUCUCUGUAUAGAUGAUGGCCAAGGAGAAGAAAGAUUUCCGAGAGGUUUAUUUGGAAUAAUAAUUAUCAAUCUUCAACAUGGCCAUGAUUUGGACACCACGGAAUGUUCGAAAAUUUUGCGAUCUUGGCCUUCAUCGGGAUGUAAAGAAAAGUUCUAUAAAUAUUUUAACUGCGGCCUGGGAAUAACAGAAUCUUCAAGAUGCCACGAAGAAAUCUUGAGGAAGACGAAGCAUUUUACGGAACUAGACUUAAACAACAGUUGGAUUAAUCCUUCAUUACGAACGAUUAGAUAUUGGCGUGAUCUGUGGAAGCUACUUCCCCCUGAUUCUAAAUUGGAACUUAAGAAGAACCCAAAUGUCUCAGAAGAAGCAUCAAGUUCUAAAAGAAUGAAAUUGUCCGAUUCUGCAACAACGCUCGAAACAACAUCACCGAUUCCAGAAGUUUCCUCAAACCCAGACAGCUCUGUUACAUCUGAAUCAGAUUUUGACUCAAACGCUGUUAUAAAAGAGGAAAUUUUCGAUUCUGAUGAAGAUGCUGAAGUCACAGAACCAGUUUCUAAUGAACCAAAUAAUUCACUUUUGAAUUCUGGAAUCAUUCUAAAGGAAGAGAGUUUUGAAGUCGAAGAACCUUCGGAAAGUUUAGAAGUUGAAAGUUUUAGAAAUUCUAUAUCGGAUUUCGAAACUUCGGUAACUCCACCCAUAACAGAAGCUUCUUCUGUUAUCGCAAAUCAUAAGUUAGCCGAUGUAACUGAGAAACAAGAUUCGCUCGUUGAGACUACUGUUAAAGUGUCUUUAUUUUCCCAAAUUCUUAACACAGAUUCUUCAGCAACAAUUGAAGUGAAAGAAGAGCCUGAUUCUUUCAUGGAAUCUACUUCUUCAGAAGAUUCUCUUCUAGUGGCUAAAGGAAGAACUUACGAAUCAGUAACAGUGAAAGAAAAACCCUCUUUGCCUAAACCUAUGACGGAAACUUCUUUAUUUAGUUCUAUGCUUGUUGAAAAGAGUUUGUCUGACUUUGCAAAUAUUGUGGCUUCUGUAACUAGUUCUUCAAGUGCAAAUGGAACUACGUUGCCAAGCUCCUCAAUUAUGCUAGGGAACCCUUUAACAGAGUCUUCAAAUAUGAUACCCACUUCCUUACCAGGGUGUUUAAAAGAUUCUCUCCACGAGAAUGAAGCAAGACAUGUCAUAUUUUCCAAAUCAGUAACAGUUAAGGAAGAACCCUCUUCGCCUGAACCUGAAUCUAUUUCUUUAGAAGAUUCUCUUCUAGUGGCUAAAGGAAAAAGUGACGAAUUUUCGAAAUCAGUAACAGUGAAAGAAGAACCCUCUUCUCCCGAACCUAUAUCAGACACUUCUUUAUUAAGUUCUAUGCCUGUUGAAAAUACUUUGUCUAAAUUUGAAAAUACUCAUGUGGCUCCCAUAACAAGUUCUUCAAAUAUGCUAGGGAAUUCUUUAGCAGAGUCUUCAAAUAUGAUAGGCACUUCCUUAUCAGGAUCGGCUCCUAUAGAAGGAUCUCCUUUACCAGGUUCUGCAACUGUAUUUUCAGUACCUGACAAAUCAACUGUGAUAAAAACUUCCACACCGGGUACUGUAAAUUUUAGAGGAGCUCCAGUGCAUGAGAAUUAUUUAUACGGUUAUACUAUCGUUAGUAAUUCUUUACCACCAGAAGCAAUUUCACAGGGUAAUGAUACUAUGAUGGGUUAUUCCUUACCGGGGUCUGCGAACUUAAUAACGACUUCCUUAUCAGGAUACCCAAAUACUGUCGGGAAUUCCUUAUCUAAUUUAAUUGCAAUGGUGAAUAAUUUUUCACCUGAUUCUAGUCCAACGAUGAGAUCUCCCUUACCAACUUCUGCAAUUAUGAAAGCAUCUCCAUUUCCUGGCUCAUUACCCGGUUCUGCAACUUCGGUCGAAAAUUCUCUACCAAGUUCAGCAAAUGUGAUUGGGAAUUAUUUACCAAGUGCUAACAAUGUGUUACCCCCACAAAUUAGUUACCCUUUUGGGUAUCCUUGCCCCACUAUCAUAGGUGCUUCGUUACCAGGCUCUUCAAAUACUGUUCAGACUUCGUUACCAACCUCCUCAAAUGUGAUUCAGACUUCUUUAUCAGGUUCAUCAAAUAUGAUUCGAACUUCUGCUCCAGGUUCAUUAAAUAUAAUUCAAACCUCUUUACCAGGUUCUUCAAAUGUUAUUCCGACUUCUUUAUCAGAUUCUUCAAAUAUGAUUCGAACUUCUGUUCCAAGUUCAUUAAAUAUAAUUCAAACCUCUUUACCAGGUUCUUCAAAUGUGGUUCAGACUUCUUUACCAGGUUCUUCAAAUAUGAUUCGAACUUCUGCUCCAGGUUCUAAAGCUACUACAAACAAUCCGUCCCCUGAUCCUGCAAAUAUUGUGCGGACAUUACUUAAUUCUGCAAAUAUUUUGAGAUCUUCCUUAUCACCUUCAACGAAAAAGGUUAACACUUCUCCAUCAAGUCCAGCAACUGUGAUAUCAAAUUCUGCUGGUAAUAUUACCUCACUUAAUUCAUCAUCUUCUUCCUGUUCUACGACUACAACAGCAACUUCAGUAAUAGAGCCUAAAUCGUCAUUGCAAGGCUCUGAGAUAGUAUUCAAAGAAGAAUCAAUCGAAAUUUCAGAAACUCCAGUUGAGUUGGAUUUAUUUACACUUGAAAGGAUCAAUAAACAACGAGAGCUUAUUAAAGCAGACUUUGAGAAACAAAUCAAACUUAAAACAAUAAAUUACUUUAUGAAAUUCUGAUUAAAUCAUAAAACAAACUGAGUUUACUUUUUAAUCAAACUCGUUUACCGUAAAAAAAAAGGAAUAUUUCUUCAUCAGUAGUGAUUAAUGCGCAUAAAAAUGUAAAAUUUAACACUACAAUAUUUUUUAAAAUUGUAUGCAAAUCUUUUAAUCAAAACGUAAUGUUGAAACUAUGUAAAAUAGUCUUAAAAGAUAAAUUUAAUCAAAAAGAAAUAAGAAAAACUCAACUGACUGUCCUCUAAUAAAUUAUAACUGUAAUUAUUUCUGUUGAUGCUUUUACAAAUUUUGAAAAUUACUAAAUUUUAAAGAAAUGUUUAUAUUAAGAGCGUAUUCAUAAUUCAUGAAUGUUGGAACUUUUUUUUUAUUUCUUGCAACAAAAAUAAAAAAAAGUCAUUGUUUUAAACCAUUUAUAUGUCGUGUUAGACUAUGUCAUAGUUGCCAACUCUCACUAUUUUAAUUUUAUGUAUUAUGUUCAAACUGUUUUGUUCCUUAAAAUAAAUUUUUUUUUUAAAAAAAGUCAUUGUUUUGAACCAUUAUGUCAUGUUUGACCAUUUGUCAUAGUUGUCAUCUCAUUAUUUUUUUUAUACCUUUCAAUCAAUGAAAAAAGUCAUUAUUCUUGGGUCAUUUUAUUUCAAUUGCAUAAUUGUUAUCUCUAGUUAUUUUUUAUUUGUGUGUAAUGUUCGAACUUUUUUAUUAUUUCAUUUAAAUGAAAAAAGUUAUUAUUGUUACAUCAUUUUUAUCCAUUUGUCAUAGUUUCCAUCUCUCAUUUUUUUUUUUUGUGUAUAAUGUUCGAACUUUUUUGUUCCGUUCAUUUAAAUGAAAAAAAUCAUAAUUGUUACAUCAUUUUUAUCAAUUUGUCAUAGUUCCCAUCACUCUUUUUUUUUUGUGCGUGUGUGUAAUGUUCGAACUUUUUUAUUCCUUUAUAUCAAAUGAAAAAAGUCAUUCUUACGUCAUUUUUAUGCACUUGUCUUAGUUGCCAAAUUUCAUUGCUGGAUUUUUAUUUUAUGUGUAAUACUGGAGCUUUUUUGUUCCUGUAAAUCAAGUGAAGAAAGUCAUAAUAUUCUGUUUGUUGUUCUUAAA